GCAAUGUUGGGCAAGUACUCACGCAGGCAAUGGCUCACUCUGAUCGUGUUCGCCAUCGCCGACUUCUGCAGCGCGGUGUGCGUGUCCCUGCAGGCGCCCUUCUACCCCAUGAUGGCCGAGUCUAAGGGCGCCUCGCCCACCCAGUACGGCUUCGUGUUCGGCAUCUUCGAGCUGACGGUGUUCAUCGUGUGUCCCAUCUACGGCACGUACCUGAACAAGAUCGGGCCGAAGUUCAUGUUCAACGCCGGCAUCUUCACCACGGCCACCACCUGCAUCAUGUUCGGGUUCCUGGACCGCGUGAACGACACCACGGCCUUCAUCGGCCUCUCGUUCAUCAUCAGGAUCGUGGAGGCCAUGGGCAACUCGGGCUUCCUGACGGCGUCCUUCAGCAUCAUCGCCAAGGAGUUCCCCGAAAACGUGGGCGCGACCUUCGCGUCCCUCGAGACCUGCUUCGGGCUCGGACUGAUCGUAGGACCCACGAUGGGCGGCGCCCUCUUCGAGCUGGGAGGCUACACGUUGCCCUUCGUGACCCUGGGCGGCAUGCUGCUGGCCGCCGCUUCUCUAACCUUCUGCAUCCUGCCUGACCACUACUCGGAAACCAAAGGCGAGAACGAGGCCCAGGGCAGUUUGCUCAGCCUCGUCAGAAUACCCUCCAUCGCCCUCGUCGGCUAUGCCAUCGUGGCCACCUCCGCCAGUAUCGGCUUCAUCCAGGCCACGCUGGAGCCCCACCUUCGGCCGCUGGACCUUACGCCUUUCCAGCUGGGCCUCAUGUUCGUGCUCAACGGAGCCACCUACAGCCUCUUCGCGCCCCUGUGGGGUUGGCUGUGCGACAAGUACGUCAGUCCCAAGGCGGUGGUGAUCUUGGGAGGUCUUGUGACGACGGCCGCCUUCGUGGUCCUGGGCCCGGCGCCCUUCCUGCCCAUCCCGAAAACGCUGCCGCUCUGCAUCUUCGCCCUGGUGCUCCACGGCACCGGCUUCGGCGCCGAGCUCGUGGCCACCUUCACCAGCGCCCACAAAGACGCCGUGGCCAACGGCUUCCCCGACGACAUUAGCACUUACGGCCUCGUCGCGGGGCUGUGGACGUCUACUUUCGCGCUGGGGGCCUUCAUCGGCCCCUCAGUCGCGGGUGUCCUCUUCGAUUGGUGCGGCUUCGCGUGGGCCACCGUGUUCGUGGUCGUGCUCCACCUGGUCGUGGCUCUGUCGUUCACCGUCCACAUGGCUGCCAGCCGGCCAUCAGCGCCGUCCAUCUUCGCCAAGACCCACGAGAGCCUGGCGCAACACGACGCCGAGAAGACCCUCCUCAUCGUCGGCCGCCCCGGCGACGAGAGCGGAUUCAGCAGUUCCGGCAGCUCGUCCUUCGAGGUGUCCGUGUCCUCAGAAAUCCAUCCGUGA